UGUCAAUAAAAAAGCAGCUUGAUUGGAAUAUUAGGAAAAAUUAUUACAGUUUAACGCAAAUCCAUGAGUAAUUUUUUUCUUAGUGCAUUCCGGGACGAAAUUCAAUCUCCUGCAACGAGGACGACCUGCCACCUGGGCGACACACUUCAUUCGAUUGUCGAGAUUGUCGGAGGAAUAGAUUGAUGCCCGACGGCUUGGCGAAAACUCUGCAAAACAAUUUCAAAAUUUCAGUCUCUGAAGGGAAAUCAAAAUCAAAAUCCACAUAGACCAUAUUCAGAGCCAGUGAAAAUGACUCUGCUUUCGGGUGCCUCAGCCACGGGAUUUUAUGGUCACAGGCCAUCGAAGCGGAUCAGCUGGCGGCGAUUGGUGGCCCUACUGCCGCAGUCCAUAGUCCUGCCAUUAAAUCGCAGGACCCCCACAUCGUAUCUGGAUAUGAGGGCCCUGAAUCUCGUCCAGCGACGUCUUCAGGAGGAUUUCAUGGGCUGUGAGGCGUUGUGGACCAUUUUCGUGGCUGCCGCCUGGAGCCAUCGUUACAGGACAAGAUUGAGACCACUGCCCAGCCACUGGAGCACCAUCGAUCUGGUGUGUAAUACCCUGGGUGAUGCCCCCCGACUGGAGGCACUGCAGCACCAGCUCAUGCACAGCGACUACCAGGCCUGCUCUCCCAAUGUGGUGCGUUUGCUAACGGACAUCUUGGUGGAUCAAGCCGAUCGCGUGUCCUUGAGCUCCCUGCGACCUUGUGAGUUUGCGGAGCUGUACGCUCACCUCGGGAUGCCCACUCCCCAUCGUCCACCCACCCAGAUCUUCGAGGUGCGAACGGGCAAGGGAAAUCGCAGAGGUGAGGCCUAUGCUCGUCUGCGGCAGGAAAAAAAGGAAUCCGUUCGCCUUGGUUUCUAUGGCUGCAAAUUGGAGAAGCUAUACUCGCUGCUCAACCAAAAUUCCCUAUCGGAUGGAAAGUGUCUGGAACUCACCAGCGAUGUCAAUGAAGCUCUGGCCAAGAGUAAACCCCAGGCUGGUUUGGGUGGCUCCCGAUGCGGUUCCAUUCUCCGUUGCGUGGCCAUAGUUGAAUUCGUUUUCCAGGACAAUGAAACCAGUGCGGAUAAAAAGCAUGUGAUCAUCAAGGAGGCGGAAACCAUGCAGGUAUCCUAUCUACUGUUUUAUGGCCAGAGUUGUUAUGAACAUGCGGUCGAGAAGCAAAUGCAACUGAUGGCGCAUCCUUGUCGGAAGAUUUUCAACUGGCUGGAAGGACACCAGGAUGAAGCCAUUUCCCUGGGCGUUGGAGUGCUGAUCGUUUCCUCGAUGGCUAACUUUGGCUGCAGUUUCUUUCGAUUUUUUGCCCGCACUGGCUUACACGUUCUCAAGCGAGGACUGCUGUGAAAAUUGAUAAUCGUAAACUUUUAUUUUUACCCAUUGUAAUAUCCUGUGACCUUGAACUCCGGCAGGGUUUUGUUACGGUCUGGACUUUGAUUCCCCAUCAAAGACGGCAACAAAACUCCGUGGGGCAGUGACAGGCAUCAAGUGAUGUGCGAAAUGAAAUCGAUUUGUGUCUUUAAA